CAACGCCCGCCAUUUCACAACAAUCUCUCUCUCUCUCUCUCUCUACUAUUUUUCUUAACGGUCCUUGCUCCCCCAUCUCUCUCACUCUAAAAAUUCAUUCUUUUUAAGCUCUCUCUGUCUCUCUCUAAUUUCUCUAUUGCCUUCCCUCCAUUUCCCAACUGUAAAAUCCACACAGUCUCUCUCUCUCUCUCUCAGAUCCGCAAACGACAAUGGCGUCGUUGUCGUCCGCUUCCACUCUACCGGAGUCUUCUUCCUCCAGACAUCACACUUACAGUCGCAAGCAGAAGUCUCUCGGCCUCUUGUGCUCAAAUUUCCUUAGCUUGUACAAUCGCGACGAUAUCAGUUCCAUUGGACUUGACGAUGCUGCUUCACGAUUAGGGGUCGAAAGGCGGCGGAUCUACGAUAUUGUCAAUGUUUUGGAGAGCGUUGGGGUUCUUGCAAGAAAGGCAAAGAAUCAGUAUAGUUGGAAAGGAUUUGGGGCUAUUCCUAGGGCUUUACAGCAGCUUAAGGACGAGGGUUUGAGGGAGAAUUUCAAUUCCUUGGACGGCAGCGACUUUGCAAAAGCAAGUAUAUUUAAUAUUAGGGUUUCAGAUGAUGAAGAUGAUGAUGAGAGGUUUUCUGGCCCCACGACUGGGAGUCAGACUGACAAAUCGAAUACCAGUCUUAAUCUCAAAUCUUCGGCCUCUUCAAAGACAGAAAAUAGAAGGGAAAAGUCUUUGGCACUUCUUACUCAGAAUUUUGUGAAGCUCUUUGUCUGCUCCAGUGCUGAUGUGAUCUCCCUUGACGAAGCGGCAAAAUUAUUGCUUGGGGACGCUCACAAUUCAUCAAUAAUGAGAACUAAAGUUAGGCGGCUGUAUGAUAUUGCAAAUGUGUUGUCCUCCAUGAAUCUAAUCGAGAAGACUCACACUACAGACACCAGGAAACCAGCAUUCAGGUGGUUGGGCUUGAGAGGAAAAGCUGAGAGUGGGUCUACUCACAAUUUGGCUCUCAAUGAAUCCAGAAAGAGAUCGUUUGGAGCAGAUGUGACAAACAUCAGUUUUAAGAGAAACAAAGUGGAUUCAUCAAUUGGUGGGCAAAUUAAACAUGCGAGAUCGGCACAUGAAGUUGAUGUAAGCGUGUUGGAGGAGGAUUCAAAAGAUACUUCAAAGAGCUACCAGUUUGGCCCUUUUGCUCCUGUCACCGUAGCAAGAGUUGGCGACUCUGGGAAUAGCAAUCCAAGGCGGUUUCAUGAUUGGGAAAGCCUUGCAUCUACUUAUCGUCCUCAGUAUCAAAACCAAGCUUUGAAAGACCUCUUUUCUCAUUACAUGGAAGCAUGGAAAUCAUGGUACUCUGAAGUUGCUGGGAAGAAACCGAUACAAAUUUCUUGAUUUGCUAGUAUUGGACUCCAAAAGAACAGUACAAUUGUUUCUUACUUAAUUCUUUACAGGUUGUGAUGGCUCCCUGUCAUGCAUGUUCUCUAUGCACCCAGAAUGGCCAUCCUCACUCAGGUUACCAUGUUCACCGUAACAUUUCUACAUUUCCACAAAUCAUCUGAAAUAUGUUCGCACAAUGAUCGGCAGUAAAACAGUACAGCUUGUUUAUUAUAAGAUGUGCUAGUGUUGCUGUAAAUUUGCUAAUCCUUUGAAUUUGGUCAAUUUUCUAAUCACUUGUAUUCUGUAGUUAAUUAGUUUGAUCUUAGUGGUUAAUUACUUAGAUUUGCACAUCUUAGUGGUUAAUUGCUUAGAUUUUGCAAACCAGGCAGCAGUCGGAGCUUGCCAUGUUUGGAAUUUCUUGUUCAUUGUUACUUCCUCAAAUAAGAUUGAAAUUACCAUCUUAGCAGAAUUUUGGUUGUCUGCUUUAGUCUUCUUCAAUUUUUUUUUUUUUUUUUUGAGAGUAGAAUACACUUUUUUUGAAUAUCAUGCAAAAGAAUUUGACUAUCUAGUAUGCCACUAGUCAGUGACUUAAUAUUCUAUACUUGUUACAUGAGAGAGGUUCACCGAGGCAAAAGUAAUGUUUAUGCAAGCCAAUACUCUUGCCAUCAAAGAGGAGGGGGGGAAAAAAAAAAGGGGGCCAAAA